AUGAAGACCACGCUGCUUGCUGUUUGUAUCUUGCACUGGACAACUGCAGUCUAUUCAGAUCUCAUCCGCACUGGUGCCGAUCGUCGGCUUACUAAUCUCAAAGUUCCCAAGAUUGCAUUUCAGAGAAACUCGCCAGUCUUGAAGCGCGUUUUCAAAGGCUUGAAGCAGAUUAAGAAUGUCAAACAAGCCGCAGGUUCACCAGUAUCCAGUCCGUUUAGCCCCGAACAAGAUGACGCAGACUGGCCUGGGGUCUUUCCAGUUGCUGGCUCCAACGACGAACUCAUUCUGAACAUUCGGUUGGAUGAAUACCCAGGAGAAGUGGUGGUCACCACACGAACCGUCUUCCCCGUGCCCCCCGUAGCAUCCGUGGGGACAAGCCCAUCCAAGAAUGCGGUUGUAAAGCCAAGCGGCAACCAAACGGACGUGGCGGGAAGCAUAUGGACGACACCCAUUGAUUCUUUUAACGAAAGAGAGGCUUUGUAUCAAAUUGAAAUUGCAGAUGAAUCUGGUGAUGGCAUUUGCUGUGGACCGUCAGGAAAUGGAUGGAUCACCGUCACGGGAACCAACGAGACUGUUCUUUGGAGCGCUGUUGGCAACUAUACUUACGUCGUAACCGUAUAUCUUUGGAAGGACAAUAAGGGCGAGAUCUCUAUUGUCUAUCCCCAAGAAAGCGAUUCUGUGCCGCCGCCCACCGCGCCACCAAUCCCGUCCGUUGUGCCCCCCACCGCCGCACCAACCCAGGUUGGAAACUGUAGUUUGUGUCCCAUUGGCUCUAGCCCCACUCCUACAAAACAGUACACCCUCGGCAGCUCUGGUGUCGUCUUCAAUUGUGCCGACAUGGAGGACUAUUUCUUAACCUUCACUAUCGAUCAGUGCGCCGAUACCGAGGCAGGAGGGGACAUGGAGGAGUUUGCAUCUUACUUUCGCGCCCUCUGUGAAUGUCCUGGUUACGGACCAGGCUGCGCCUGCAAUGGCAAUCAAAUGUCCGACCUGAAUAGCGUCAUCCCAGACUCAGAAUAUACCUGUUUUGACUAUGAUGAAGCAUUGAUGAAGGAGACUGAUUGCAGUGAAUGGAGUAGCUCGGGUAUUGACUUAGUUGAAGACUUUUGUGGGUGUCCAACUGGACAAUUUGAAUGUCCCUUCGACAAUCCGUGGGACGUUGAGGCCGAACCAGAAGACGACCGAGCCAUUGAAUUGACUGUCUACACUGACCGAAGCGAAACAACCUGCCUCUCAGGUUUGUCCUGCGAUCCUUGGUCUACCUCUGAAGAUGAGCAAGGAACACUGUAUUUUCUUUAUGGUCAGGAGAUUGUUGAAAUUGGUUUGGGAUGUCCAGGGUAUGAGGCAGUCCAACGCCGCGGCGAUCAGGUCUGUAUCUCGUACUAUGUAAGUUGA